CCAGUGACAGCCCAGCCUCCUGCCUCUCUCUUCGCUUUGUCUCCCUGGCCUGGCUCAGAAGUAAGGACCAGGUGGGCAGCAGCAUUAGAGACCGCAGGACGCCUCAUCUGCCUUGUGGAUCCCAAGCGAGCCUCAGCCCCCGCAAAGAUGACUUGGAGACAUGUCCUCCUCCUGUCCUGCCUCUCAGCCAUGGUGCUCCUGUCUAUGCUGCAGGAGGGCACCAGUGCGUCGGUGGGCAGCAGGCAGGCGGCAGGAGAAGAAGCCCAGGAAGGUGAGAGACAGAAGAUUUUCAUGCAGGAAUCAGAUGCCUCAAAUUUCCUCAAGAGGCUCAGCAAGCGUUCCCCCAAAUCACGUGGUGAGGUCAAUGUGGAAAACACACAGAAGCUGCGGGUUGAUGAGUUGCGAAGAGAAUAUUAUGAGGAACAAAGGAAUGAAUUUGAGAAUUUCGUGGAGGAACAAAAGGACGAGCAGGAAGAGAGGGACCGGGAGGCCGUGGAGCAGUGGAGACAGUGGCACUAUGACGGGCUGUUCCCUUCCUAUCUCUACAACCGGCACCACAUCUGACCCUUCCUGAGACCACCAAAGGAUGGGGUAUGAAGCAGCUGCAGCCACCCUGGGCCACUGUGACCCUUUGAGGGCCAGCACAGGGUCUGCCAUGCUCCCUGGCCCUGGUCAAUCCACACUUGCAUCCCCACGGCUUCCCAGGCCCUGGCUUCCCAGGCCCUGGCUUCUGUGUCCAUGUGGAUGGGUCCUGCUGUAAGCAGCUGCCUGUGGCUCUCUGCAAUGAAGCCCCAGAGCAGUCCCCUGGCUUGGCCCUCGACCCUGGAGUAGAAGCUUGUCUGACAAGCCAGGCACAAGUAUCGCCUUAGGGAGAAAAGACUUCCUGUUUGCUCAGAGCUUACAAAUAAAGAUGCUGAACCAA